UGUGAGUCGUCAUCUUCUGUGCGAUCGCUGCUCGAUCUCUGAGGUUCUCUGAACAUCUGCCACCGCAGGUGAAGCUGUCUCUUGCCGCCUGCGCAAGCCGCCACCAUGUCUGCCCCGCUCGAAUACCUCACCCAAGAGCAGAUCGACAAGUUCCACACGGAUGGAUACCUUGUGCUCCCCAAAUUCGUUGACGAGGAUACCGUCAGCGCGCUUCUGACGCGCUCGAAGGAGCUGCUUGAUGAGUUUGACGUCGAUAAUCAUCCGCUGACCCGCUUCACCACCGGCGACGACGACCACGUCGGGGACGACUACUUUCUUGACUCGGGCGAUAAGAUCCGCUACUUCCUCGAACCCGACGCCGUCAGGGACGGCCGCCUGAAUCGCCCCAAGCAGCUCGCGGUCAACAAGAUCGGGCAUGCCCUCCACACCCUCGACCCCCUCUUCCGGCGCGUCACGCUCGAGAACGGGCGGCUGCGGGCCGUGGCGAGGGAUCUCAAGUUUCAUCGGGACCCUGUAGCCCUCCAGAGCAUGGUGAUCACGAAGCAGCCAAGGAUUGGCGGGGAGGUCGGCGAGCACAACGAUUCGACGUUUUUGUACACCUCCCCGCCCACCGCGCUCGGCGUCUGGAUCGCUUUGGAACAGUGCACGCCCACGAAUGGCGCCCUCUCGUUCCUCCCAGGCUCGCACAUCAAGUUGGCGCAGGUGCCGGGGCUGGAGGCGACGGGCGGGAUCGAGAAGCGGUUUGUGAGGUUAUCAACCGGCGGCACCGGCUUCGAGAAGAUCGGCACGAACGACGGGCCGCCGACGGUCGGGGGCGAGUACGUGCUCGCGGAGUGCGAGGCGGGCGACACCGUCCUCAUCCACGGCGCCGUGCUACACAAGUCGCCACGCAACGCGGGCGAGAAGACCCGGUUCGCGUACACGUUCCACAUGGUGGAGAAUCCGUGGCCCAGCACCACCACCUCAACCGACACCACGCACUCUCCCUCAACCAACUCUCCCUCAACCAACUCUCCCUCAACCAACUCUCCCUCAACCAACUCUCCCUCAACCGACCCCACGCACCCGCGCGUCAUCUACGACGAGAAGAACUGGCUGCAGCCCGGGAAGGACGGCUUCGCGCGGGUGUUUGGGUGAGGGCGUGGUGUGAGUUGUUGUGCGCACGAGCCAGGACGCGCACAAGCUGGAACGCGCACGAGCUAUAUAGUUGGACGUGCACGAGCCAGGAACAGAAUUCAGGAAAACUUGGUCGUAACUGUAAUCAGAAAGACAUGGUUGUAAUUGUACCAAUAGGACGCACUCAGCAGAUUGGAUGGAUGGUUGUUGGACAGAAUGGAUAGACGGAUGUUAAACCUU